AUGUACAUCAUACUCCUUCUCUGCAUCACAGCCGCGACGGCCCGCUUCGCAGGCGCCACGGCCUGGCAGGGCGCGGGCGCAUCGCAGCGCUUCCUGGGCACGGCGCACGCGCGCACGCAGCACCUCAACGCCACCCAGGCGUUCCUCGAAGCAAUACAGCCCCUCGUGGACCGCGGCCUCCACGACUUCCCCGUUCCCGACCCCCACGUGUCUGACAACUGCCAAGACAUCCUCCAGCGCCCGCACACGCGGCCCAACCGCCACGGACAGCGCGUGCCCGACCUCGUGCACAUGGUGUGGGGCCUGGGGCCGAGCUGGCGGCACGAGGGGCUAGGCCGCCCGGCGUACUACGCCGUGCACGGCGCCCAGAGGGCCGUGGGCGUGGAGAGGGUGGUGUUGCACCGAACACACCCUAUCGCCGACACUCAUGUGCUGGCGCAGCUGCAGAGCGAGGGCGCGCUCGGCAGCUGCGUGUGGACGGACUUCGACACCAUCAUGGGCCGCAACAUCUCCAUGUACUCGCACAAGUCGGACGUGAUCCGCAUCCUGACGCUGUUCUGGGCGGGGGGGGUCUACGUCGACACCGACCUAGUCUUGUUCCGGUCCCUGGCGGACCUGCAGCGGUACGCGUUCGUCGCGGGCGAGCAGACGCUCGACGGCGAGCGCUCGCACGGCAUCGCGACGUGCGUGCUCUUGUCCGAGCCGCAGUCUGUGUGGGUUGGGGACUGGGUAUUAUCGUAUCACGACUUCGAUUGGAAUGACUACGACCUGCACUCGAUAAGGCGGCCGACGGAGCGCUGGCGCGCGCUCGUCGCGGAGCACGGCGAGCCCGCGGUGCGCCGGUUCGCCAAGGUCUUUCCAAUCGACACCUUGGUGUAUCCGCCAAUUAAUAUGUUCCAUCUCUUCAUGGUCGACAGAGGCACGGACGCGCCGUGGGAGGGCUUCUGCCAGAUCUUCUCGCUGCACCUGUGGCUCGAGGGGAAGGACGCGCUCCGCGACCUCACGCACGACGACCUCCUCGCGCACCGGUCGGAGUUUGGCAACGUGGUCUGCGCGCUGUUUGCCCAGGGAGAGCUGUGCGCGUCGCAGGGGUUCUGA